UACCAUCUUUGCAAUCCAUCUUUGCAAUCCAUCUUUGCAAUCUAUCUUCUUAUUCCUCCUAGCGCACAUGCCCUUCUUCCCUGCCAACAAAACUUGCUGCACCCACAUGCCAUGUUCAUAGCUGCACAUCAAAGCUCAUGCGCUCUCUCCCAGGAUCAUUGUUGUAACGCUGCUUUGAUUUCAAGUCUUUUGCGAGGCUUGAUGGCUUUGUUGUGAUUGCUGGGUUUUUGAGAGGUUGGGGGUUGGCGCCGGUAAUUGUGGCUAUGGGGAGUUUUGAAACAGCGAUUUUGCUGCUCCAUUGCAUUCUGGCGUGCCAAACGCUGGCGCUGGAGCAACCGUUUCGAUUCGCGGCCAAGGCUUACAAUACCAGCGGUUCCACUGUGGAGGGCAAGAUUAAUGUGCAUCUUGUGUCCCACACGCAUGAUGACGUAGGCUGGCUCAAGACUGUUGAUCAGUACUACGUCGGGUCCAAUAAUUCAAUCGCGGUUGCAGCAGUGCAGUAUGUAUUGGAUUCCGUGGUGACUGCUCUACAACAGGAUCCUAACCGAAAAUUUAUAUAUGUGGAACAGGCUUUCUUCCAGCGAUGGUGGAGGCAACAAUCUCCAACACAGCAAAAAAUUGUGGAGGCCCUUGUGGACUCGGGGCAACUGGAAUUUAUAAAUGGAGGGUUCUGCAUGCACGACGAGGCUACUACACAUUAUGUUGAUAUGAUUGAUCAAACAACACUGGGGCAUCGAUUCAUCAAGAAACAAUUUGGAAAGAUUCCCCGCAUCGCUUGGCAGAUCGAUCCUUUUGGUCAUUCUGCGGUCCAGGCUUACCUUCUUGGUGCUGAGAUGGGUUUCGAUGGUUUAUUUUUUGGGCGAGCUGACUAUCAAGACAAAAUUAAUCGUCAAAAGGAGCGGACUAUGGAGGUUAUAUGGAGAGGUUCAAAAUCUCUUGGAGAAUCUGCUCAGAUUUUUACUGGAUUAAUGACGCAUCAUUACGACCCACCCCAUGAAUUUCAGUUUGAAAUUAAAUCUGAGACUUCUCCAAUUCAAGACGACCCAAGUCUAUAUGGCUACAACCUUCCAGAAAAGCUGGAUCUUUUUGUAGAGUACGUCACCAACCAGAGCAAGGAGUUUCGCACACAUCAUAUCAUGUGGGCGAUGGGUGAGGACUUUUCAUAUGGGAAUGCCAACACUUGGUUCAAGCAAAUCGACAAGCUCAUUCACUAUGCAAACAUGGAUGGUCGAGUCAAUGCAUUUUAUUCUACUCCAUCAAUGUACUUGGAUGCUGUUCAUGCGGCAAAUGCAACAUGGCAUUUAAAAACAGAUGAUUACUUCCCGUAUUCUGACUGUCCACAUUGCUUUUGGACUGGAUAUUUUACAAGUAGACCAGCACUCAAGGGUUAUGUGCGGAAGUUGUCUGCGUUACUUCAAGCUGCAAGACAAGUAGAAUUCUUAGUGGGGAAAGUUUCUUCAGGGCCUAAUACAGACAGUUUGGAGGAGGCAGUGGCAAUAUUGCAACAUCAUGAUGGAGUGAGUGGUACUGAGCGACAACAUGUUGCGGAUGACUAUGCUGCACGAUUGUCAAAAGGGCAAUCCGAGUCAGAAGAUGUUUUCAACAAGGCUUUGGCAUCCUUAAUCAGUACUAAGGCAGCUGAAAGCAAGCUACUGAUUGAGAAGAUGAGCUCCACGCCUGGACAUAGGGUACUCAUGAAUCCUGUCAAUAGCCCAGACUUGAACCUAGUUCAGUGCAACCUUCUUAACGUGAGCUACUGUCCGCCUACUGAAGUGGAGCUUAAGUCGGGAAGAAGCUUUGUAGUAGUGGCAUAUAACCCCUUGGGAUGGGAAAGGGAAGACUUCGUGCGGGUCCCGGUUUCCAGCUCGAAAAUUGAAGUCAUCGAUGCUGAGGAGAACGAAAUCCCAUCUCAACUAAUUCCUAUCACUGAGGCUGACCGUACACUACGAGAUAAAUACGUCAACCUUCAUGCUGGGGUUUCUGCUGGGACGGCUCCGAAGUACUUUCUAGUCUUUGCUGCUGCAGUUCCUCCUCUUGGCUACAAUUCGUUCAUAGUCCGACCUUCUUCGGCCAGUGGUUCAAAUAUUGCCAAGCUUUCAUCUUACGAAACAAGAAGGGCGCCUCUUACUGUUCAUCUGAAAUCAAGUCAACUACAUCUCACUUUCUCAAAAGAUACAGGCUUGUUGACUCACAUGUCAAACAAGAAGACUGGAGUGUCAAUUCCAGUGGAGCAAUCCUACUGCUGGUAUAAUGGAAGUAGUGGAGUAACAGAAGAAGACCCACAUAUGGCCUCCGGAGCAUAUCUUUUCCGGCCGAACACAUCGGAGUGUUUCCCUCUGAAGAAUUUUCAGCAAAUUGUUACAGUUUUUCGAGGUCCCCUGGUAGAGGAAGUUCACCAACAAUUUUCACCCUGGGCCUCUCAGGUUAUCAGGGUCUAUAAAAAUGCAGAGCAAGCCGAAGUUCAAUUCACUGUUGGACCUAUCCCGAUCGACGACAGCAAUGGCAAGGAAAUAGUCACAAAAUUUACCACUCCCCUAAGGACAGAGAAGACUUUCUACACCGAUUCUAAUGGUCGCGAUUUCUUGAAAAGAGUGAGGGAUUUUAGACCUGAUUGGAAUCUCGAGGUGAAAGAGCCUGUUGCAGGCAACUACUAUCCUUUGAAUCUUGGAAUCUACAUGAAAGAUUCAGAAACAGAUGUUUCAGUGCUUGUGGAUCGAGCUUUAGGUGCAGCCAGUACUGCUGAUGGCCAACUGGAGAUUAUGCUGCAUAGGCGGUUAUUGUAUGACGACCAUAGGGGUGUGGGAGAGGCACUUAAUGAGACAGUCUGCGGUAGCAAUGGCCGAUGUGAAGGCCUUACUGUGCUAGGGUCAUUGUACAUUAACAUCAAUCCGUCGGAAGAAGCUUCUCAAUGGCGCCGCAUCAAGGGUCAACAGAUAUUAAUGCCUUUGCAGCUGGCUUUUUCUGUGCUAGAGGAUGGCAAUAAGGAAGUGCUACACUCACCAAAGUUCUCAGCUUUUAAGUCAGGCUACGAGCUGCCACAAAAUGUUGCUCUUAUAACUCUUCAGGAGCUGGACGAUCGGCAAGUGCUUCUUAGACUCGCCAAUAUUUUUGAGGUUGAUGAGAGUGAGCAGCUAUCAAAAAUGGCUACGGUCUACCUACCUGAUAUUUUUCCGAACUUAAAGAUAAAAGAUGUUGUGGAACUGAGUCUCUCAGCAAAUCAGAAGAAGUCCCACAUGAAGAAAUUAACAUGGACAGUUGAAGGGAAUGAAAAGGUUCAAAAGAAUAUUCUACGAGGUCGUCCUCUGGGAAGAGACGAUACUAGUGUUGAGAUUGCACCCAUGGAGAUCAGAACCUUUCUAAUCACUCUGUGAAGAAAAAAAUCCAUGGGCUAUUCCCUUACUCUCUGGAGCAUGUUAAUAAGUCCUUGCAGUUCGUCAUGUGAUCUGUUCAACCCGUGGUGUGAGACCCCUUCGGUAAACUUCUAGUAGUGAGCAAUGUGGUAGUACAUAUUAAGUGAGGCGUACAAACUUUCAGCUCAGUCAACAUGGAUGAACAAAUAGCACUAUUCAGUGUACUGACAAAUAGAAGAAUUAGCCUGGAAUCAUGAGAAUUGCAAAAGUCGAUUAUCCAUUGGGAUAGAUAGUCUUGUCAAACUAAUGACAAUAUAUAAGAAGAAAAUUGAACUCUGGUUCCAAAUAGCCAUCUGAGACUUGAAAACCGGCUCAGUCAAGACCCGACCCACUGUGGUACCUGAGUGCAAGGAGGUAGAUAGACCAAGACUCGAUUCAGAGAAUGAAAAACCACAAUUUCUAACUCAUCUCAGAAGUUGGUAAGAACUAGACGGAGGUACAAAAGAACCGGGCAGAAUUCUCUUAUCCUCCAUUUGGUACGUGGUUGGGGUGUCCAACGAAAAGAGUAUGUUGAAGUUGAAAUUCAUCAUGAGUUUUUCUUACAA